AUGGCUGCGGUCGAAGAUAGCUCCAAGACUGCCUCUGAGGCUGGUGUGUGGCUGCUAGAAGUCCGGAAUACUGGCAAGACAAGAGUGGCUAACACCAAUUCUUCUUCAGUGGCACAGCAUGUCAAGGACCAGCCAGAGCAGGACCAGAAUCCCGAGGAUGGCGCCGAGCAAGCAUCUGAAGAUGCCAUGUUCGUCCUGUCCAUCGCUCUCCCUAACUCCUCCGAAAAGCUUCAGCUGAUGGUCUCUCCCCACGAGCAAGUCCACGAAAUUCGCCAGUCCAUAAUCGAGCUCCCCUCCGCCCUCCAGUACUCCUGCUUCCACCUCGAACACCAAGGCCAGCGCAUCAACGACUUUUCUCAGAUCUCCGAGAUCGAGGGCAUUGGGCCCGAUGCCGAGAUCCGCCUGGUCGAGGACCCCUACACUGAAAAGGAGGCCCGCAUCCAUCUGGUCAGAGUCCGCGAGCUCAUCGGAGCUGCCGGUGAUCGGACAGACACCAUCCAAGGCAUUUUGCCUGGCCUGUCGCUCUUCGACAAUGUCACGGCGGAGGCUCGCAAGACUGCCGAGGCUGCCGAGGAAUUUGACUUUACCGCUGCGCCCAAGCUGAGCACUCUGCUUCCCCAGGAGAGCGAACCCGCGCCCAAGACCGUCAAGGCGAUAUCACUAUCACCCUGGAACCCUCCACCCGCACAUCUGCGCCAAAAGGGCCACCUGCUGUACCUGAUCGUUACCACCAAUGAGGGCGAGCAAUACCAGAUCACCAGCCAUGUCGGCGGCUUCUACGUUAACAAGUCCUCCAACAGCAAAUUUGACCCCUUCCCACGGCCAGCUCCCAAGGCUUACUCGGCACACUCUCUCCUCAAGCUGAUUGACCAGAUCUCUCCCUCAUUCAGCGAGUCGUUCACGCAGCUCCAAGAAUACAACAGCAGCAAGGAGCUUCUCGCCAGCUUCCAAAUAACGAAUGCCAUUCCCGCUGCUCCCUGGCUUGUACCUCAAUCCUCUUCUCCCAUCUGCUCCCACAGCUCCGAUAUCACAAGGACGCAAGAGUCCUACCUCAUCUCCGGUGUUGAGAACACCGACACACUGAGGGAUUGGAACGAGGAGUUCCAGUCAGCCAAGGAACUGCCCAAGGACGGUGUUCAAGACCGCGUCUUCCGGGAGCGCCUCAUCUCGAAGCUCUUUGCGGAUUACAAUGACGCUGCUGCUCGAGGCGCGGUUCUGGUGGCCCGGGGUGAGGUAGCACCUCUGAACCCCACCGAGGGACGAGAUGCCCAGAUCUUUGUCUACAACAAUGUCUUCUUCUCCUUUGGCGCCGAUGGCGUCGGCACUUUCACCUCUGAGGGCGGUGACGAGGCUGCGCGGGUCGCCACUGGCAAGGACGUCGCGGGCGUGAAGCUUGUGAACCAGCUGGAUAUCGACGGACUCUACACUCCCGGCACCGUGGUUGUGGACUACUUGGGCAAGCGCAUUGUCGGUCAGAGCAUCGUUCCCGGCAUCUUCAAGCAGAGGGAGCCAGGCGAGAACCAGAUCGACUACGGCGCAGUGGACGGUAAAGACGUCGUUGCAGCUGACGAGAAGUUCGUUCCUCAGUUCGAGAAGCUGUCGCAGGCGCUGAGGGUUAAGAAGCACGCAGUCUGGGACAAGGACGGCAAGCGCUUCGAUCUGGAGGGCAGCGUCGAGACCAAGGGUCUCCUCGGCACCGAUGGUCGUAAAUAUGUGCUCGACCUCUACCGGAUCACACCUUUGGAUAUCUCUUGGCAGGAUGAUGCUGCCUCCGACGAUGAGUAUCCCCACAGGAUGACCGUUCUCCGCCCUGAGCUUGUCGAGCUCUUCACCCGUCACAAGAUGCGCGAGUGGGUCAACGCCGAAGUUGCGAAGCGUGGUCAGAACGCCAAGGAUAAGAAGGCUGAGGGAGAGGAGGCCAAGGAGAAGACCGAAGGCGACGAGGCUGCAGAUGCCGACAAGAACAAGGAAGAGGACCGUAUUGACAUGUCGAAGUUCAAGUUCGCCCUGAACCCCGACGUCUUCAGCGGUCAGGCACCUCAGACCGAGGAGGAGAAGGAGGAAAUGAAGGCAGACGAGGAGGAUGUCCGGGCUGCAUGCAAGUUCCUUCGUGAGACUGCCAUCCCCGAGCUUCUCAACGAACUGAAGGAGUCCGACAUCAGCUUCCCUAUGGAUGGCCGGUCACUCAGCAAGCUGUUGCACAAGCGCGGUAUCAACCUGCGGUACAUGGGCAAGGUCGCCUCUCUGAGCGAAGAGCCCCGCCUGCAAUGCCUCCGCGAGGUCUGCGUGCGUGAGAUGAUCUCUCGUGCGUUCAAGCACGUGUCCGCCAAGUACCUCCGCUACCUUCCAUUGCCUUUGACCUCGGCGUGCAUUUCGCAUCUGUUGAACUGCCUGCUCGGUGUUGGUCUCAACCCCAAGCCCACUGCUGAUAUCGACCAGUCCAUUCGCGCACUGUACGAUGACACAGACCUGGCCUUUGAGAACGUCUCUCCCGAGAGCUUGAGGGACUCCAUUCAGGCCGAGGUUUCUCACCGCUUCCGGUUCGAGCUGCCGGCUGACUGGCACGCCGACCUGAAGCACCUGCAGCUGCUCCGUGAGAUCUGCCUCAAGCUCGGUGUCCAGGUUCAGUCCAAGACCUUCGCUUUCACUCAGGAUGCUGCGGCCGAGGCCCCCGCACCCGAGCCCAAGGCGAACGGGGUCAACGGCAACUCCAACGGCGAGGGGGCCAAGAAGAACAAGAAGAAGAAGGCUCGUGACGGCUCGCCCGCCUCGAUCGCCUCUUCAACCGUCGUGCCGCACACCUUCACCCCCGACGACAUCGUCAACGUCGUCCCCAUCGUCAAGGACUCGUGCCCCAGGAGCGCUCUGGCCGACGAGGCCCUCGAGGCCGGCCGGAUCUCCAUAGCCCAGAACCAGAGGAAACUCGGCCAGGAGCUCCUGCUCGAGUCCCUGUCCCUGCACGAGCAGAUCUACGGCAUCCUGCACCCCGAGGUCGCGCGCGUCUACCACACGCUGUCGAUGCUCUACUACCAGCUCGACGAGAAGGACGCCGCCGUCGAGCUCGCGCGCAAGGCCAUCAUCGUCUCGGAGCGCACCGUCGGCGUCGACUCGCAGGAGACGCUGCUCGACUACCUCAACCUGUCGCUCUUCCUGCACCAGCAGGGCGACAGCGCGCUCGCGCUCGAGUACGCCAAGCACGCGCUCAACCUGUGGAAGGUCAUCUACGGGCCCGAGCACCCCGACACCAUCACGACCAUCAACAACGCCGCCGUCAUGCUGCAGCACACCAAGAACUACCACGAGUCGCGCCGCUGGUUCGAGGAGUCGCUGCGCAUCUGCGAGCGCGUCUUCGGCCGCGCCUCGGUCAACUCGGCCACCCUGCUCUUCCAGCUCGCGCAGGCCCUCGCCCUCGACCAGGACUCCAAGGGCGCCGUCGCCAAGAUGCGCGAGUCGUACAACAUCUUCCUCGCCGAGCUCGGGCCCGACGACAAGAACACCAAGGAGGCCGAGAGCUGGCUCGAGCAGCUGACGCAGAACGCCGUCUCCAUCGCCAAGCACGCCAAGGACGUCCAGGCCCGCCGCCUGCGCGCCGGCAUCCGCUUCACGCCGCGCUCGGGCGCCCUCGGCGCCACGCCGCAGGCCGCCUCCAAGGCCGGCCGGGCCGAGGCCUCGGGCCCCUCCCUCCCGGCCUCGUCGCACCCGGGCGCCUCGGGCAUGGACUCGCGCUCCAUCGACGAGCUCAUCAAGUUCAUCGAGGGCACCGACGGCCAGAAGAAGAAGGGCGCCGGCGCCAGCGGCGCCAGCAAGAAGAAGCCCGGCCGCGCCAACCCCAAGCAGCGCCGGGGCGGCAGCGACGCCGUCAAGGCAUAG